AUGGGACCAAAACGUGUAAACGAACCAAAAAAAUAUGUGUCCAAGGGUAAAGAACGAGUGGAUCGUGAACAACAAACGAAAAAUCAAUUUGAUCCUCUUUAUUUAGAAGUCAAACAUCUUGAAACAGCGAUAUUAUUACUACAAUGUGAAGAGAAACCUAUUUUGUUAGCUGCUGCAGCAGCUUUGUCAAAAUUUGGCAGUAAAUCUCAGGAAAAUUUAGAAGUUUUAUUCGAUCUCGAAAUUGUGAAUAAUAUAAUUCCAUUGAUUAAACACGAGGAUUUAUUUACUCGAAGAUUUGCUGCAAAAUUGUUAGCCGAAAUGAUAGCUAUUCCUAAUGUUCGUAAUUUCAUCUUGGAAUCAUCCGAAUAUUAUAUUCCAUAUUUUAUCAAAGUUGUGAUCCAUGAAAAUGAUAUCUUCCUGCACGAAUUUUCAUUGUUAAUUUUAGCAGAAAUAACUAAAGAUAUAUUUGGAGUAGCACAAUUAUUAAAACAAAGUUCAGAUGUAGAUUUUCUGUUCGAAAAACUUUACUCACCGGAUCCUGACGUGAAGAAGAAUACAUUACAAAUUAUAUAUAAUCUAUUGCAAGAUCCUUUAGGCGCAGAGAAAAUCAUUGAAACUAAGGAUUUUAAUUUGGAACAGGUCUAUGAGCUUUUUAAUUCACCUUACGGUGAAAUCCAAAAGCUGGCACUUGAUGUAAUAACUGAUCUAGUACGCAGAAAUCAGGAUGAACGGUUGCAAGAACACUUUCGACGUACUAAGGGUCUUGAGGCUUUAUUGAAAUUUUUGGAUAAUAUUGAGUGGUUAGAUCUUCAUACGAAUGCGCUUUGGAUCCUUCGAUUCGCCUGUGACAAUCCCACGACAGUCGAACAAUUCAAUGAUAUUGGUGGUAUCAAACAGAUAUUAAAGUAUAUAGAAGAUACGUUACAUUCGAAACUUUUCAAACAAAUUCUGGAUAUAGCUGUUUGUUUAUCGCAUACAUCUAGGGGUAGAAAAGUAAUGCAUAUAAUCUAA